AUGGAUAAAACACAAAAAGGAACGCGCAUAGGGCCGCUGCCCGGGGGUCGCCGGGGCGCGUCUGGAGAUGGCGCUGGACGCGGCAGCAUGCGGGCCGCCAGCCGAGUGCGAGGAGCUGCACGAUCACCUAGCAGCCCCUCGCAUCCAUCAUCCCCACCAGAAGGCUUGGUGUCGGCUGGGUCUUCUCGGACCCAGCAAGCGGCACCCGCCGCUGGUGGAGCACGUCGCAUGCGUUGGACAAAAUCCAUGAACGGAAACGCAUUGCGGGCGUACUAUAGGACGAAAGUGGAAGAAACUGUGGGAAUAGCGUAUAGUUCUCGGAUGCAUUGCUUUUUUGCUGAGCUGGAGCCGUCUAUCCCCGUCACGGAACAAAACCUGGCAGACCGAGUUCGGUACAUCAUGCGCUCGAAAAUAUUUGAUGAUGCCGAACUCGAACGACUACGACGUGAGGCUAUUCCGUCGUCGAAUGAAUCGGCUAUGGCUGGAGAUGCAGCUCCACAUUCGACAGACCAGCAUCCACACGUGGAAGCCGCCAUGGAUCUUCCAGUUGUGGUUGAUUCGAAGGACGAUGAAAUAGUCUCCCACGAACUAGAACAAAUGAGGAGUAUAUUGGAAGAGGCGAUUUUGGAAACGCGCAGCACCCCUCUCGAAAAUCGACCGCGACUUCCCCGCAUACCCAAAAACAAGCGAAAUCGGGCUGUCGUGAGGGCUCUUAACCCAAUGCUGGUGACCUAUUUGGAAGCCAGCCGGGACCUUGCGAGACGGACUCGAUUCUCUUUGGCGCCGCAGUGGCAGUUUGCCGUAUUAUUGGCGCCAAACUUCACACGGCUGGACGAGCUACUACACAAACUAACGCCAUCCCAGCCUGGAGGAAAAGAAUCGAGGACCGUAUCGCAAAGGCAAGGGCCCUUAUCGGCAGACUGA